AUGGCAGACCUCGAGGCUCUCGCGCAAGCUGAACGGGCACUAUCUGGUGCCAAAGACGACUCAAAGGAUUCGCGCUCAUACCGAGAAGAUCGAGACCGAGACCGAGACCGCGAAGGAGGACGGGAUCGGGAUAGGCGUAGACACGACGAUCGUGACCGCAGAGAUCACGAUAGGCGCCGCGACGAAGAUCGCUAUACUCCUGGCCGCCGAGAUGACUAUGAUAGGCGAGACCGGGAGCGAUACUCGGAUCGAGACAGGGACCGUCGCCGCUAUGACCGUCAUGACGACAGGCGGCGUGACGACCGCAGACACGACGAGCACCGAGACAGAGACCGCGGAGGUCGGGGACGUGGCCGCAGGGAUGAGCAUGGGACCCCAGAGCGCCGGUCGCCUACUCCCGAAGGUGCCAUUCCCCUUUCAAAGCGGAUUCGUCGAGCUUCGGGAUGGGAUGUCUGCGCACCCGGAUAUGAAGGAUACACUGCCAUGCAGGCUAAGCAUACUGGCAUGUUCAAUCUACCUGGAGCAAAUCGCACACAGGUUGUACCCACCAUUAUGGGCAUGUCAAGCGCGUUGCCACCCAUCCAUUAUGGCCAGGGUUCGUUCGCGCCCGGAACUGGUGUACCCAAUCUCGCUCGCCAGUCUCGCCGUCUAUACGUAGGAAAUAUCACAUAUGAGGCCAACGAGAACAACUUGCAAGAGUUCUUCAACCGCAAGAUGGUCGAGAUGAAGAUUGGCACUGGUGGAGGUGGUGACCCAGUCAUUGGCGUCCAGAUCAAUCACGAAAAGAGCUACGCGUUUGUCGAGUUCCGUAGUGCCGAGGAUGCUACCGCCGCUAUGGCAUUUGACGGGAUCAUGUUCCAGUCUGGUCCACUCAAGAUUCGUCGACCUAAAGACUAUACUGGCUCCGACCUUUCGGCACCCAUGGGCGUACAUGUUCCAGGAGUGGUCUCGACAAAUGUUCCUGACUCGAUCAACAAAAUAUUCGUCGGUGGCUUGCCGACUUAUCUUGAUGAAAACCAAGUCAUGGAAUUACUCAAAUCUUUUGGCGAAUUAAAGGCCUUUAAUUUGGUCAGAGAAAAUGGAAAUGCCAACGCCUCCCAAGGCUUUGCCUUCUUCGAGUACGUUGAUCCGUCGGUUACGGAUAUCGCUAUUCAAGGCCUAAAUGGCAUGGAGCUAGGCGACCGUUUCCUCGUUGUCCAACGUGCUUCGGUUGGCGCCAAGUCGGGUAUACCGGGUGUCCCGCCUGAACUCUUCGCGCCUGCCAUCCCACGUCCGAUUAUGCCCAUCACCGAGACUGCAGACCCCAACCCGAGUGAUUCCACCAUUUUGCUAUUGCUUAACAUGGUUGCGCCUGAAGACCUCACAGACGAUGGCGAAUAUACAGAAAUUGUUGAAGACGUUCGUGAAGAAUGCUCUAAAUUCGGGCCUGUACGAUCGCUUGCUAUUCCCCGUCCAGCCAAAAAGGAGAAGUCAAAAUGGGAUGCGAAUGCAGGCGCACUUGUCACUGCUGGUGGUGCUGUUCUGGCUCCAGGCGCUGUUGGGGCCACCGCUGGGGAUGGGAAGACCGACGAACAGCGUGGGGUGGGUCGCGUGUACAUCAAGUUCGAAACGCCUGAAGGAGCGAGCUCUGCACUACGCGGACUGGCAGGUCGGGCGUUUGCUGGACGUUCGAUUAUCGCUACUAUCCUUGCCGACGAUGCAGAUCAUUCACCCCCGUUGUACGAGCUCUUCCCGAAUGACGUGCAGAAGAGAGAGUAG